CUCUAGAGGGGAAGUUUGGACCCGUCGAGACGGAUCCCGGCCCAGCGGGGGCAGUGCGGAGGAUGAUGCGGAGUGGAUCACCGCCAAUGUGUGGCCGAGUAAGGGGCAUUCGAGCGGGGCGGCGCGGAUCGGGCUUGUGGAUGGGAGGCGUGUUCGGGCCGGACCUGACGGUGCAUGGGGUGCGGGGGCUGAGUGUGGCGGGUUGCUCGGUCGUGGUGCUUGUGCCUGCUACGUACAAGAGCUCGACGGCGUAUGCUAUUGCGGAGUAGGUGAGUAUUCUGUUCCCCACCCUUCUUCUCCUGACUGUUCUGGGUGGCUGAUAGUGAUGGUAGGCUGCAGACAUG